AUGGUCACCGCGACUCUCGCGUUCACGGACACCGUCACCACGACGGCGGGCACCGUCACCGCUGACUCGCCGCGGUUCGCGUACGACACCGUGGUUGGGUCGCAGGCGACGGCCACCCUGGCCGACAAAUUUGACCUGACGCCCUUGGACCGGCUGUACACCGGGUUCAACAACUUCCAGAGGACGACGGUGUGGAAGUACGCCGACCCGGCCACAGCUGUGCCGGAGACCGGCGUCACGGUGUCGGACUCUGACCAGAAGUCUUACACCAUUAAAGCGGGGAGCUUUGUCGUGUGCACCGACGCCAACGGGGUCGCCAUCACCAACACGGCCACGCUGACGCCGGCGGGCGGCACCGCCAUCACCAAGGUCGCCACCGCCAACAUCGUCAUCUUCGGCUGCGACGUGCCCCCCACCCUCAAUUUCCAGGAGCUGCAGUCCUGGGGCGCCCAGACGUUCUCGUGGGCCCUGCAGUCGCGCGCGACAAGGUGCGCGUGGCGGCCCGGCGCGCCCCAGCGGCUGGGGCUGGGUGUGGGCUGGGUGUGGGCUAGAAACCAGUCUCUGGCUGUGGCGGACGUGGGGCGGCUGGGCGGUGGGACGUCCUUCACCGUGGACCAGACCGCGGGCAGUGUGCCGGUGGAGUACAACCUCCAGGCCACAGCCACCCCCACCACUGGCGGUUGGGCGGUGUCCGGCGCCGUCUUUGUCGCCAAUGCGCAGGCCGGCAUCAUGAACAUCGCGCGCCUGGUGGUGACCCUGUCCAGCGGCCAGCAGGUGAUCCCCCAGUGCAGCCUCACGAGCCCCUACGUGUCGCCCGACGGCCUCGUGUGGGGCGGCACCAACGCCGGCGGGUCCAUCACGACCCCAGGAAUCGGCGGGUCUUUCGGCGUCGUCGGCACCGGCGUGACGGGCAUCAACGGCGUCGGCAUAGGGGUCGGCGUCGGCCUCGGCACGUUCACGCAGUUCAUCCUGCCGGACUUUGCGAGCGCCACCUGCAGGUUCAACAUCACGCUCACCCAGCAACCGAGCUCGACGCUGACGAUCACCCCCCAGAUCAACUGGGGCUUUGGGGGUCAGUACACCCUGGCCAACCAGCAGCUGCAGCAGACCGUCAGCUUUAGCCCGCCGCAGCAGUUCUUCCCGGUGCAGAACUGCAUCUCCCUCACUGACGUGGUCCAGGCCGGCUCGCUGACCGGCUCCGUCGCCAACGGCGGCCCCAACCAGCAACAGGUCUGCGUCACUGGCCAGACGGCGCCCUUCCAGCAGCCGGCUGCGCUGGUGUACACAAUGACGGUCACCAUCAACCCCAGCACCACCCCAGACUGCACGCCCGGGAGCCAGAAGACCUACCCGAUCAGCAACUCUGUGACCGGCACCGUCAUCGGCGGCGCGCCCGUCCAAGCCAAGGCCGACCCCGUCGACAUCACAGUCAGGUGCCCCGCCGCAGCGGCGCCGACCACGCCGACCACGCCGGGCAGGCCGAUCAACCCGGCGUCUGCGGGCGACGUGGACAACCUGAACGUGCAGGUCGGGCAGUUCCAGACGUUUGUUGGGGCCGAGUACGCCUGGGCAGUCACCAAGACAGCGGACAACGACACCCUUUCUCUAGCCAUCGGGCAGCUGCCCAAGACGGUCACCUACACGCUGAGGGUGACCAAGGGCGCCGCGACCAACAAGAAGUUCUUCGUCUUUGGGAAGAUCACCGUGAACAACCCCGGGAAGACCGCGGUCAACGUGUCCACCGUGUCGGUCACCGCGGGAUCUGCCGCGGUGCCGGCCACGUGCCCGCCGGGGUCCAUGUCGGUCGCGCCCGGGGUGCCGCUGGUGUGCACGUUCAACGUCACCUGGAACAACGGAGCGAACUCGGGCGCCCUCGGCGCUCGCGUGGACACACCCCAGGCCAGCUUCUACGGCCCGGCCGCCACCUUCGACUUCACCAACGCGGUGCAGGGCGGCACCAAGGGCGCCACCGCCGGCGUGUACGAUGACGUCACCGCGGUCGCGCCCGCCGGCGCGACGGGUGUGCCCACCAAGUGGUGGCUGGCGGACGGCGGCUCGCCCCCGCCCAAGGCGGACGGCAUCCCGCUGACGACGGAGGACUCCCGGGAUUACGUGUACACCAUGCAGCUCGGGCCCUUUGCAGACAAGGGUUCGUGCGGAAUCUACAAGGUCACCAACGUGGCCACCGUGGUGCCCAGUGACGGCACCACUGUCACCGCCACAAAGACAGUGACACUUUCCGUCACCGGUUGCAAGACAACCGACUACCAGGGCGUAGCCAGCCAGGGGCCACUCGGCGUCACUGUGGACAGCGUCAACACCGCGAACCUCACCGGGAACACCUGGCGGCUGUCCGCCGUGGCCACCCCCGCAAACCUUACGCUUGCGUCGGGCCAGGGCGGGUCGGCGCAGUUCACUGUGAACUUCAUCAAGGUGCCUGGCAUGCAGCACGAGGUGUCUGGGACCGUGACGCUCACCAACAGCAACCCCCAGACGGACGUGGUGGUUCGGGGCGUCACAGUGGCGGUCGAGGGUGACGUGGCCAAGAGCGUCGAUGCUGUCUGCGGCACUAGUGGCAACUCAUUCAAGCUCGCUGGCGGCGCGACGCAGCAGUGCACGUUCAUGGCCACCCUGGACCUGGGCGGCGGCGGCAACAUCAUCGGCAGCGUCACGGACGCCGCGGGCGUGGUCACCUCCAGCCAGCUCACGCCCUUUGACUUCAGGAAGGCAGAUGUAAAGGACUCCAGCACCGCCCCCUCCUGCGCCCAGGCCUCCACGGCCGGCGGCACCGUCGCCCCCGCGGCCAAGCAGGAGCGCAUAUGCGAGUCGAAGACGGUCACGGUCCCCGCGACCAUCACCGCCCCCAAGGACGGCCAGUGCGGCACGUUCGACUUCCUGCACAUCUCGCGCCUGCAGCCGCUCGCCGCCGGCGCGGCCGUGCAGAGCGUCGCGACGGCGCUGCCCGUCAUGAUCACGUGCGGCGCCGCGGCGGCGGCCGCGGCGGCGCCAACAGUGCGGGCGGCGACGCCUGAUGUAGAGGUGCAGGAGGUUUACACCUGGACGGCCAAGCUGACCUCUAAUGCAUCGACUGCGCUGUCUUUCAAGCAGGGCGAGGCCGUCAAGGUCGCGUUUGCGGCUGAGACGUCGCGCUCGCCCGCGCAGCGCAGCGCGGUGGUGUCGGGGACGGUGGUGCUGGAGGCGCCGGCCGCGGCGCCGCUGGACAUUCAGAGUGCCACGGUGGCGGUGUACGACGGCUCCGGCCAGCUGAUCUCCGCCCCCCUUGACUGCGGCGCCGGCGCUAAGCCCGGCGGCCCCGUCACCCUCAAGGGCAAGGGCCAGCCGGUGACCUGCUCCUACAAUGCGUCGGGCGUCGGCACCGCGGACGGCGCCGUACUGCCUGUCGUCAUCGCCGCGGGCGCGGCGGCGCCCGCGGUGGCCAACCCCGUGCCCUACAAGGCGUCGAGCGCCCCCAAGAAUAUUGUCGGCGACUGCGCGGACCUGGGCAGCAGCCUCCUGAUGACGUCACUCGCGGACGGCAAGCGCGCCGCAUGGCAGCCGGCGUUCGCGGGCCAGGCGCUGAGCAGCGGCUCGGACUGCGACGGGGGGGACCUCCAGCGGUUCUCGCUCUGGUUUGGCGCGAAUGCCCAGGGAGUGCCGCAGCCCACGCCCUGCGGCGCAUACAAGUUCAAGGGGACGCUCGCGCUCGCGCCGACCAACGGGCAGGCCGUCGUGAACGACUCGGAGUUCACCGCGAACGUCGCGUGCCGGCGGCGGCGGCUGCGCGAGCUGCUCGGGGAGCCGUCGGCGCCCGGGCGGCGGUAA